ACUUUUAUGAUUGUUACCAUCUUUGGUUGUUAUGUAACAUGUGUUAAUGUGUACAGAAAUCUACUGCCUCGCCAUGCAGUAGUGUUAUUCCUUGUUUCUUUAGUAUAAUAAGGUGUCAGUUCUGCAGCAUCGAGAUUCACUGAAAUGUCGUGUGCGCCAUUGUCGCUACGGAUGGCGAUAAAACUGUCCCCUCUCCUUCCGCCAACCAAGUGUUUGCUUCAGACGUACCGGCGCAUGUGCGUCUGGCGAGCAGAGUGUUUCUUGCGAGCGCAGUUCGGUACUCUGCGAAGUGUUGAUAAGACAAUGUGCAGUCACGUGAAUUCAGUGCGCCAAGUGACCAUGUUCCCCCAGCACUUCAGAGUCCGUUUCAAGCAGAGGGUUUUGGGCAGAUGUACAUUCUGCAGCACUGGGAACAAUGACGUCUUGUUCUCAGGAAAGUUGAGCGAGCUCUUUGCAAGACUGCAGACCCUAUCCAGCAUCGGCUGUUGUAAGUAUAGUUCGCAAAAAGAAGCUGGGGAAGAACAUAAAGUCAUGAAGAAACGAGAAGUAAUUCAUGAAGUGAUUCAAGAGAAAAAAGAACGCAUCAAAGAAAGUGGUCAGCUUCUUUUGAAGGACAUAAGAGAAACACGUGACAAGGUUAAGGAAAGAAUGGAAGAGGUUGUGGAGACGGAAAACGUGUGGACGAUCCCGAAUCUCCUGUGUGUGAUGCGGAUCGUGGUCUCUCCGCUGCUCGGCUACUUGAUCCUGCAGUCCAACUACACCUUGGCCCUCGGCCUGUUGGGCGUGGCCGGCAUCAGUGACGUGCUUGACGGCUGGAUUGCUCGCACAUUUGAAAGCCAAGCAUCGAAGAUGGGCAGUUUCCUGGACCCCAUGGCUGACAAAGUGCUGAUUGCUGUCCUGUUUCUGUCCCUCACCUACAUGGAUCUCAUACCAGUGAUCCUGACUGGGGCUAUAAUAGCUCGUGACUUGCUGCUUGUGGGAGCAGGGUUCGUCAUUCGUUAUCGGUCGAUACCUCCACCGAGAACGCUGAGCAGGUACUUCGACGUGACGUACGCGACAGCCCAGCUGGCGCCCACGGCCAUCAGCAAGGUUAACACCGCCAUCCAACUACUGCUCGUGGCGUCCACCCUCGCGGCGCCUGUGUUCGGCUACGUCGAUCACCAGGCGUUGCACGUCUUGUGGUAUGUAACAGCAUGUACCACAGUUUCAUCAGCCUUCAGUUAUCUUGUAUCCAAGAACACGUACAAAUACUUCAAACCAAGACAGUAAUUACACUAGCAGUAUUAUACUGUAAUCAAGAUAUGUACUUUAAAAUGGCAUUUUAGUUGGUAAGAAUGCAUUGCUUUUAGAGCACAUUAUGUACAUGUUUUCUUUGGGAAAGCCACCGUCUAGCUUAUGUCAGGGUGUCAUUUUCAAAUACAUUUGUAAAUUAAUUUUUAUAUUUUAAAAAAUCAGAAAUGCCAUAACAGUUGCUAGUUUUACGUACUAAACAGCAUGCAAUUAAUGUUAACAACUCUUCUAUGCAAAAAUUUAUAAUUGACAUGAUUGAAAUGUUUUAAUUAUAUUUGCUUGUUCCAAGUAAAGUGACAGCCAACUAUGCAAAUAAAGCUAUUAAGUAGGUCAAAAUUAGUAGAUACACCAGUAAUAACUAGAGCUGGGCCGAUCACCUAUUUUGCCGAUAAUGCCGAUGCCGAUCAUCUGCUGCCGAUCUUGCCGAUCUUCUGAGCCGAUGAGAGCCUUUCAAGUACCUCUGAUUACACGUUGCUUUUGAUGGAUCACUAUAAACGGUGAAAUAUUCCCAGACAAAACUACUUUUCAUUGACAUGAUUACUUCAAAAUCACGACAUCAUAAAUUUCACGGACUAGCGAUUAUACAGGUAAGCACGGAAGGUCUUAUCAAGCUUCUCAGACACCAGCGUGCAGCUGGGUUAAGGCCAAGGUCAUGUGACAUAACAUCUCCCGAGGCUUACUGCGCCUUGGCAGCAGAUGGAUAAAAAUAGUAAACUCCCCAUUAUUCGUGUUCAUUGGGACCCGCCGAUGCCCGGAUAAUUGAAAUUCUGUAAAAAAAAAAAAUAAA